UUUUUGAUCCUACUCGCUACAUACCCAUAUUAUAUCAUUCCUUGGUCAUCUGUCGCAACUGAGAGAGUCAGAGUGUAACAUCAAACAUUAUGUGGCGCCCAGCCGCACGAGUGACGGGCACGAACGAAGUUCCUCUACCCGCUAAAAGACGUUUUGGUCUUCCUGAAGAAGCUCCCCCUCCUGGUGCUCCUCCCACUAACUUCUCUCGUCCACCUGAGGAGAUCAAAUACUUUAACGGUCGUCUGGAACGUGACCGAGACGACCGCCCACCACCCCCGAGAGAAGAUUACAAACCCGCACCGCCUUAUGGCGAUUUCAAACCUCCCCCUCCACGUGACGAUUACCGUCGAGACGAUCGAGACAGACGUCCUGAUGAACGCGAUGUCAGGAGGGACGAUUUCAGACGCGAUGAUCGUGAUCGAUACCGAGAUGAACCCAAGAGGGACGAUAGGUAUGAUGGAAGGAGAGACGAAAAACGCAAAUGGGAUGAUGACAGUGCUCAACGUGGAAGAGAUGCAGCACCAGUAGAAGAAGGACCCCGGAAACGUAAAUCCCGUUGGGGUGAUGAAAGUCAAAAAACAGAUGUACCUGGUCUACCCGUAGCUCUCAUGGGGAAUGUCUCUCAGAAAGAACUUGACAAUUACGCUAUUCACGUCCGACUGGAUGAAAUCAAUCGCAAACUCCGAACUGGCGAUGUGAUUCCUCCCGACGGUCAAAGGUCCCCCUCCCCUCCCCCGGCUUACGACGCAUAUGGUCGUCGUACCAACACUCGUGAUCUCCGUUACCGGAAACGUCUGGAAGAUGAACGGGUCAAGCUCAUCGACCGCGCUAUGAAAGCCGACCCCGGUUUCCGUCCACCUAUCGACUUUGGCGGUAACCGUAAUCGCUUCGGUCGUCCCCAGGAAAAAGUUUACAUUCCAGUCAAAGAAUUCCCCGAGAUCAAUUUCUUUGGUCUUCUUGUUGGUCCUCGUGGUAAUUCGCUCAAACGUAUGGAACGCGAGUCCGGAGCCAAGAUUUCCAUUCGAGGAAAAGGAAGUGUGAAAGACGGGAAACAAAGACCUGAUGCCUGGGCCGAUGAUGAGGAAGACGAACUGCAUUGUUUGAUUACGGGCGACACUGAACAUGCGGUCAAGAAUUGUGUCGCACUCAUCAACAAGGUCAUUGAGACCGCCGCCUCGACGCCUGAGGGUCAAAACGAUCACAAGAGACAUCAACUGCGAGAGUUGGCAUCAUUGAACGGUACUUUGCGUGAUGACGAGAAUCAGCUUUGUCAAAAUUGUGGUGAGAAAGGCCACAGAAGGUGGGAAUGUCCGGCGGCAAGAGUAUACUCUGCCAAUGUCAUCUGUCGUCUAUGUGGUGGAGCUGGUCAUAUGGCCCGAGACUGUCGUGGUCGUGGUGAUCCUAAUUUGGCCAAGAACACUCAGUCACAGUUCGAUUCCGAGUAUUCCGCACUUAUGGCUGAAUUGGGUGAAGGAGGACAGCCGGGCGCUCGCCCAGCGGGUUCGAUCCAACAGCCCGACCAGCAACGUAUCCCUCCUUGGCGUAUCCCGGAGAAUUGGCUUCCUACUGCUCGUCCUCCUUACAACGGCCCCCCUGGUCAGCCAGGCUAUGGCGGUGGCGGGUACGGCCAACCGCAAGGUGGGUAUGGUUACGGCGGUCCAGGUGGACCUGGAGGGCCUGGUGGUCCGGGAGGUUAUGGAGGUCCUCCUGGUGCUGGCGGUGCUGACCCUUACGCUUCAUACUAUCAAAACCUCGGUCAGCCACAGGCAGCCUAACAUGUCUUCGAAAACAACCGCUGAUCCCUCCACGGGAAGAAUCUUGAAAACCUGACAAAAGCGAUUGUGGAAGCUGAGAUUGAUGUGACAUAUAGGGAAAUAGCAAUUGACCAUGUUAACUGGAUGUGAAGUUGGCUGAUGUAUACCUUCCGUUCAUGGCGCGGGCGUCAAGUCUAGUAGUUGCGCUAGCAUAUAGGCAUAGCCUCGGUUUCGUUUUCCACCGCCAAGUACAAAUCCAACAUAUCAUUUCCGGUACGAGAGGUAAGAUUGAGAGAGCAGGGCUGAGUACUGCUCGCAGCCCGCAGUUAUCGAGCAUUUGCCAUUUAUCAAAAUCCCUAUGCCCCGGGUCCAUAACAUCUCCACUCGGCC